AUGUUCGGGAGCGGCGCCCAAUCUUCAGGCACUGCAACUAUUACCGCUAGUAGCGCAACGACACCGGCGAUACCCAUACCUAUAGCACCAGAAUCGACAUUGAGGACACCUUCUGUCGAAGAUCAGGCGAGAACUACGGGAAGCGCUUCAAGGCUAGCUCCCGGCGACCGAACGACGCGUAGUGUUUCUGCAACGACGCCUGCAAUUCUCGAGUCGUGGAAGCAAGACGAGCAUGAUGAGACUGAGUCAAGGAUAAGGAUUGCUAAAGACGAGUUCGAGUACAAAGAAGAAGAACACGUUGUCACUGCUACUACUACGACCUCUAGUACAACAAGAAUUACAGAAGGAGCUCUGGGCCGUGAAUCUUUGACCACUUCUCGGGAGGAUACGAAAAGAGUAAAGUUGUCGUCCUCUCCGAUGUUGUCACCGACGCCGGGUGAGUUUGACACGACGCGAAUAAGUACUAGAAGCGCUGCAGAGGAAGUCCGCGACGCACAGAGGACCAGUGGUCACGUUGCGGAUAACGUCGGAGAAGACGACCCGGAGCUGCCUACUCCUAUUGCAGUAAGAGCGUCGAUUGUAGGAGGAGGUCUGCAGAAAGAACGAACAUCUACGGGUAGUCGUGUGGUGAAACACCGGGGGAGAAGCAAGAAGAACUUGCAGCUCCGCGAAACAGCAAAUCCUGUGCUAGUAGCAGAGAUGGAACUCGGUGCUAGCAAAGGUGCAUUCGAACAACCUCGUGGCGUCUCGUUUGGAGGGACAGCGGUUCUGGAGUUCUCCAACUACACUUCUCUUGCCUCAGGUCUUUCACGGGAGGAUUCAUCUCCUGCUGACGGCGGUACCGGUUUUUCUGACCAGGACUUUGCUCGGUCUCGUCACUCUCAGCAGCUCGAAGCGGAUGGUCCGAAGAAAGCACGACCUGUACUUCUGAGUAUUCGCAAGUCCUCUACUACUUCCUUGCAAAACAAGAAGAUGAGUUUAAAUUCAUCCCUCAAUGCGUGCUCCUCCUCGACCACCCAAGAUGAAGACGAAGUUGCGACCUCCUCAUCCAAGAGGCCGCCGACCAGAGGGCUUGCGAUGCCGCAGAUACGAACCACUGAAGAUGCGUCCCGGGGACUGGAUUCCGAGUCUGCAUUUGGUUUGUCUGCUCUUGAUGACGUUGGGCCGCGUGUUCUAAACGGGGGUACUUCUACUCUGGAUCAACGGAAGCGAAGAUCGACUUCUGCAUCUACUUGUGUACAACAAGAAGACUUGACGAGCAAGAACUCUACGGACGGCGCGUAUCUCACCAUCACGCCAGUCAAGCGAAGCGACAGUGUAUCAAGCGAAGUGGCUGCCGAACAACAAGAUCAACAAGGGCACGCGGCAAGAAAGUCGAAUCGUGAAAGAAAAUCGAUGACCAUGCUCGAUGAACGCCUGGUAGAUGAGGAAGAGGGGGAGCGAAGUGAAAAUGCGAACGCAAGUCCACGGGGUCUGCAGCUAGACCGAACAGGAGAACCUCUCCAUCCCGAAAACGGCAACAUGAUGAGUACGACAUCUACGACAAGAAGGAGAAGUGCGGCCACCUCAAGAGUGUCCUCGCGCGCGGGGGCGACCCCCGGCGUCCACUUUGCGGCCGCGCCGAUGGUCUACAACGUUUCCAUGCGACCGACGGAUGAGCAGAGGGCGACGCAACAGUUUCCGAUGCCUGUCGAUCCUAGGGGAGCGCAACAGUUUCCGGUGCCUGUCGAUCCUCGGGGGAUGGAACAAUCUACGAUGCCUGUCGACCCUAGGGGGACAGAACAGUUUCCGGUUCCGAGGAUGACGGACGACUUACGCAGUGAGUCCAAGAAGAGUACGGCGGCAGGAGCGGCUCGUGCGACGGCCGUUCACUUUGCUGAGGCUCCGGCGGUAUACGACGUCCCCGCACGAGGAAUUAUUACUGCCGACGGCGAUCACCGGGACGACUCAAGGGCGACGCAACAGGUCCCACCGACGCCGCCAACCAACGGACUUAGCACUUCUCAAGAGGAUAACCGAGGAAUAAAGGUCAACAGAUCUUCCGCAGUGUCGCCAGAGCCUAGCUUGGGUCACGAGGAAGUAGAUCAAGAUUCUGCGCAUAUGCCAGGUUCAGCUUCGCGUUUACCAUCUAUGAAAGCUCCCGCAGGCAUCGCACCUCCUCGCAAAAGUGCAACUUCUCCACCGGUCGAGGAAUCCACGACUACUAGACGGACAGACACAGGUCACGUCUCUACUUCUAGCGAGUUGAUAGUGGGGGAGUACCAUGUGACGAAGUCCGAUGUGCUGCACGCGCCUCCUGGGAGCUUAGUACCAGCGCGACAAUCAACUGUAGCUGUGGUAAGUGAAGAAGAUCAGACUGCUUGGCGCAGCAAGAGCGAUGCUCAUGCAGUUUCUAUGCUCUUGCGGGACGUUGGCCAAGGACCAAUGCAAACAGAAGAGAACUGGCAAACACAGGAGAACAGGCAAAAACAAAACAGGACAGAGCAAAAGCAAGAGACGAGGCAAGCGGAAGAACAAGAAACAAGGCAAACACAAGAGACAAGGCGAGCGCAAGAGAGAGUGAAGACGAGGGCCGACUUUAUGGCCUUGCAGGAUGUCGCUGUCCGAUUGGCAGCCCUGUGCCGUAUUAGCAGCGGAAAGAGCUCGUCUGGGGUUGACGAGGUAGAGACUUUAAAGCAACUACGGCGUUUCCUGCGAGCUGACCCCACGAUUUCCGACGAGGUCUUCGUCACACGGGUAGAAGAGUCCCUUGCAUCUUCCACCACGAGGAUUCGGGAAGUAGACGAGGUUUUUAUAAAGGUCACUGAAGAUGAGCAAGGGAGGAGAAGCAUCAGAAACCGGAUGACACACAUCAGGGAGCGCCUCCUGGAAUUUGUUUCUCCGGACGCUGUCUCGGAUUUCGAGGGAGCUGCCUUCAGUGACUGUGCGGAAUCUAUGGCUCGCCUCUCCAGAUUGCAAGAUAUCCUCGAAAAAGAUGGAGGACGAUCCCUACCAGUAAUGCCGACGCUAGAGAGAGCCUCUGCGGAACAGCGACGAUCCUUGCCUGCAACUACAAUGCCAAAAAAUGGUACUAGCAAUGAACCUCGAGUGCAGCAGGCCACAACUCCUGAGGAAUCUUCAUCUUCGCCAACUCGUGGCGAAAGAGCUUGUGUUUCUGCCAAGAUUUCAUCUUACGGAGGAGAUGCAGCAGGUAGCAAGCAAGGAUCUACUUUCAGUCGUUCAGGGACCUUUCACAAUGAAGGUGAGGCUUCACCAACACCCAGCGAAAGGACAGACGCGAAACCAGACGCUGAUCACAACGGAGCGUUUGGAGGUAUACUUUUACCAAUCAUAAUUGCAAAGUCAAAUCAAUUACCUCUAGCGACUGAACGUUGAUAUCUGUACGUAGUUUCAUUGAGUCGAAUAUUUGUAAUGUAGCCAUGGAAACUUCAUCAAUUGAACUCAGUCUGAACAAGUACCGAUGGAAAGCAAAACUUUAUAUUUCUAACUUUGCUGAAAGUAAGUACAACCAAAACGUCCUCCCACGCUGCUACUCUAUUUUUAAGGUGGUGGUGCUGCUGCUCAGGAGGCAAGACCAAGAGUAUCGGCGAGCAAGCGGGAUGAUACUGGCGUUCUUGACGUCUUCGAGAUGACGAGAGAAAGUGCCGCGAUGAAUGUCGCAGAAAGGGAAAGCGGUGCCACCAUAGUUUCGGAAGGAGAUGAAGAAGAUGACGAUGUAGUAGAAACGGCGUUAAGUCCUGUUCGCGUGUUUCAACGCUAUGCGCCAGGUGUACUUCGUUUGGUUCUGGAGAAGCUGGAACAAGUCCGCCUUCGGAGCAGUCGCUUCGGAGCAGUCGAGUCCGACUUCGAUUGCGACCCUCAUGGGGCACUCCCAAGCGACGAGGAAGAGAUAGAGCUCCGAACGAGUGUGAAGCAGCUCUCCACUAGCAAAGAUGCGCCUGGCAACUUCAGCGACCCGCUGUAUGCGCAGCGUGUAAUGCGUGGCGCUUUGCUGAGCAUGCUGUCCAAGUACGUGAAGCUCUUGCACAAAAACAACAACAACAACAACAAGGGUGGUGGAGAUCUAGAUCAGAACCAGAAAACUUCUACUGAAGAUGGAGGCAAGCAGCGCUCGGUAUCGGCUGUUGGACGGCACGGUCAGCUCACUGCCACGAGGUGGAUGGAAGGGCACUAUUGGGGCGAAUUGAAAAUGGGUCGCGAAUCCCUAAGCGGAGGGGGUGAUUACAGCUCAGGAACCUCAACAAACGACGAAGAUGAUGAUAACGAUGACUAUGGGAAGAUAUCAACUCAAGCUGUGACUGGGAAUAAGGGAAUCGACGCGAAAAAACCGAUUCCAGAUGGACUCGGCUUCUACCGUCCCAAGCUCUGGUAUCUAGGCGACGCCCCGUGUUACCUCGGCUACUGGCGAGAGGGCAAGAAAGAGGGCUUAGGUCUGGAGUUGUGGCUGGAGUGUUUGGAGGAGGAGGACGACCUGUCUUCAAACGAAAGCAUCGGAGCUGGAGGGCUCGGCAAGAGCAAGAAAAGUACUGUAGUAUCCAUCCGGGGGACGAAGAAAUCGAUCUCGAUGAAGAGUUCCUUCAAUCGCUCUCGAAAAAGCAAGACGGCAGGUGGACGUGUGACCCGGUUCUUAGCCAAGCAAGGAGUCGACGAUCUGUAUUCCGAGAAUGCUUUUCUGCAUCAGCUGGAAGAGCACACAUCCCAUAGUUUGGUGUCUGACGCGAGAUUGAGCGAUUUCGACUUCUAUUUCGGCGAGCACGACCACGGCGUCCGACACGGCCACGGACUGGCUCUCUGGGGACGCGACGACGCGUAUUAUGCAGGUGAUUUCGAGAACGACAUCAUGCAUGGUCAUGGCGUGCUGAGCGAGAAAAACGUGCGCUACGAAGGCAGUUUUGAAAUGGGUCUCAGACACGGACCCGGUCGCAUGCUCUUUCUCAGCGGAACAGGACGAGGUCUUGAUGAAGAACAAGGAGUUGCAUCCAAUGAUCUUGUUGAACCACAGCAAGGCGGCGGGAAUGACUCUGGUGUUGACAUUGAUAGCAGUACAAAAAAAUCCGCAGGAGGAGAAGGUUUACGAGCAUCUAGGGCAAGUAUUUCAGCGGAGGCGAUGUUUGCAGCUGAUGCGGGAGAGAAAUUAGUUGCAUCAGUGGACGGUGUAUGGGAAAAUGGACAGUUGGUCCACGCGCACGAGGUCGUAGAGUAAUCUUAUCGGUCAUGAUAGCAACUGUUGCAAAACAAGCUAGCAAAUUUUCGGGUUCUUAUCAAAAAUAAUCUUCCUGUUGCAGAGUUUGAAACCCAAACUAUGUUGCCUCCAGUUAUGAGUACUACAUGAUCAUGAAUCCUUCAGAUGAAUCAAUAAGAUCUAUCUACGAGAAAAUGAAUACAAGUACAACGGUUAGUUUGAUCGUCUUCGCGCGCAACAGAUGUGAAAUGACUUCUUUGAAUGAAUACUUAACUAGUAGACAAGAACAAUCGUGAACAACACAACGAAAUGAAGAGGCUGCGAUUACCAGAAUAGAUGACGACACACACGAUAGUCGUUACAGUCGUCACCUACCUAACAC